CGCCGCGCGCGGUGUCGACGAGUUACUUCGCCGUUCGCACGAGUGGAAAGAAACGCGGAGAACCGUUCUUGUAUAUCGCCUGACUCCAGUGUCCCUUUCUCUUUUUGUUCUUUUAAUGCAUCGACAGGUCUUCCUGUUUGACGCGAGUCGACCCUCCUGUUUGCAGGAACGGCGCCCCUGAACGCCAGGAAGGGACCCAGGUCGACGUCUCGCCGAGCGCGCGCUGUUAAUACGCUCCUGCCCCGUGUGUUUUUCAUCGAUACUGCCCGCCCCGCAUAACAGCGACGAGCGCGCGGAAUCACGGCUCCGUCCGUGACGCGCGGAGCGAAGUCCGGGGGCCCUGGACCGCGCCAUUUCUCCCGGAGAGCGGGCCCGAGUGCGCGUUGCGCCGCGCCGCCGUCCGCGAUAAACUGCUGCGUUGCUGCGCCGUGCUUCACCUUCGCCGUUGCUGCGGGAUACGUCGCGCGCGCGCACGUGUGUGUGUGUGUGUGUGCGGCGUUUCGUGAAACUGGUGCCCGGCCAUCCAGAUGCCGUCUAAGGAUCAUCGCCGAGACUUUCGCCAGCCACGUGAUCGGUUCAACGUGAACUUGCUGAAACGAAGUAGAUAGAUGACAAACGUCUCAGAGGUAUGGCAAGCUUGACGGUGAACACCUCUAGUAAAAACAGUUCGCGCAGUGGAUCUCCUAGUAGGACAACCUCGACGUCUCAAUUGCAUCAACAAUCGUCAGCAAACUUGGAGCAUACUCCAAGAUUGCGUAAUGCCCCAAUUUCCCAAGGUGAGGGUAGCACAGGCAGUGGAAGUAGCGGCGGCGGCGGUACUGGCAGUAGCCUCAAUAUGAAAGGCAGCAAUAGACAAAGAUCACCAGGAAAUUUAAUUCGCACGCCGGGGGAUACCAUGGAUGAACCAAGUAAUACUUCAAACACUGCCGAACCGGACGAGUUUGUGCCAAAUGUUCAUCCACCGACUGAUGACGAAGGAGAACAAUAUCACACAACCCAAUCGUUCCUAUCGAAUGGUUCUUCUGAAUUGAUAAGCGACGAUGUCGACUCCAGUGCUGCACGAGUUCGUCAAGCUAUUGAGCAUAUUCAAAGCAAAAUUGCGAAAACGCGAGAGCAGAUAAGAAUAGAACAAACCACGCGGGAUGAAAACGUCAAUGAAUAUUUGAAAUUGGCCGCUAAUGCGGACAAGCAGCAGUUAACUAGGAUUAAAACGGUAUUCGAGAAGAAGAAUCAAAAAUCGGCGCACAGUAUUUCGCAACUACAAAAAAAGUUAGAUAGCUACACGAAAAAAUUAAGAAAUUACGAGAUGAAUGGUGCACCGACGAGUCAUAGGCAACCGAGGGAAAUGUUGCGCGACAUGGGACAAGGACUCAAAAAUGUGGGAGGAAACAUCAGGGAUGGUAUCACUGGUUUUUCAGGAACUGUAAUGUCUAAACCAAGAGAGUUUGCUCAUCUUAUUAAAAACAAAUUCGGAAGCGCUGAUAAUAUAAAUACUUUGUCACAUGGCUCGACUUUUUAUGUAAACGAUACACCGCAUGCAGGUAAUGGUGAUAACGCUAGCGUUGAAGAUGAUAAAACUCACCAUGGAUCGGCUACACUUCCGGGUGGAUGCAGUCUGGGAUCUACCCAAAGCGCGGCUAUGAAGUUUCCGUCUGAGGAAGGAUCGGAGUGUUCUAGCGUAACUAGUGAAAGCGGCCCCGGUAGUAGAGGACAGCCGCAUACGUGUCACAGUAAUAAUGCCUUGAGUCUCAAAUCUAUUUUUGCAGAACUACAGGAACACCGGGAGAAUCUUGAUCGAAUGAGAGAAAAAUUAGAGACUGUAAAGACGUUACAGCAAGAAGUGACAUAUCUAUCCCAUUCCCUCCAAGAAGAACGUUUCAGAUGCGAACGUUUGGAAGAGCAAAUCAAUGACCUAACGGAAUUACAUCAGAACGAAGUGGAAAACUUGAAGCAGACUAUUACGGAUAUGGAGGAGAAAGUGCAAUAUCAAAGCGAGGACAGGCUACGAGAUAUACAUGAGAUGCUAGAGAGUUGUCAAACUAAAAUCUGGAAAAUGGAACACCAGCAACAACAGCAUCAGCAAUACGUGACACUGGAGGGUUUGGAUAAUAGCAAUGCUAGGGCGCUGGUUGUAAAAUUGAUAAACGUAGUAUUGACAGUAUUGCAAGUUAUUUUACUUCUUGUUGCAACGGGUGCUGGUAUUAUGAUGCCUUUUCUCAGAACCAGCUGUACUAAGCCUCAUUGUUUCAUGUGCAGGGUGCGUAUAUUAACAACAACCUUCGUUGUACUGGGCAUAGUGUUUGUGCUAAAGCAGUGGCCUGAGGUACAUGACGUUGGCAGUCACCUCAUGCGCCACCUCAAGCAGACCCUCGCCAUGAAGUAGCAUUGGUGGAAUACUUAAAUUUAAUCAAACCCUGUGAUGAAGCUGGGCUAGAUUGGACACGUUGAUUGAAAUCUUGCAUCCAUUUAUCAGUGUUGUAGCACAUUGGAGCAAUAAUAGUAUGUAUACGCGUAAAUAAGUUUAUCUUGUAUCUUGGGUUGUUUAAAUUUAUUAUUAUAAGAUAUAUAUGUAUUUUUGAUACCAUUAUUUAAAUUGAUGACGCUAUUUUACUAUAGGAAAAAACGUGAUUUUCAAAUUAAUUUAUACAAACUUUCAUUAAUUUACAUCUCUUCGUUCGGUUUGAUUUAACUUUUUCACAAUCGUGACAUUGGCGAUCAAUUGGUGCUGAACAAAUUACAUUAGAAAAACUUCUUUAGACACGAACAAUUGUUGAAAUACUACACAGUGACACUGCUUGGCUAUAUGUGGCACAUAUUAUGAAGGUUUAAUUUCAAUUAACGUAGUGUAUCUCUACGUUUAUUUCUUCACGAGUGUAAAAGUAGGGUAAAGGAUACCAAGUGAGAGAAAGUAUUGCGUGAUGCACACCAGGAUACUGUCUUCAACCUCCACGAUCGGUCCAGUUACAAUUUGUCGAUGUACAAUCGAUUUGUUUUAAAUCUUCUUGGAUGUAUCUGUCGAUAAGUCAAGAAUUUGUAACAUCCAAAUCGUCCAAAUGCUAAACAAUAAUGUAAAUUAAGACAGGGCCCUUAUAUCACUAUAGAUAGCUGCUGUCCGGCAUUGUAUAAAAUAUGAAGUAGUACGUAUUGUAUAUUCACUUGUUAUUUGUAAUAUUCGAUAAAGGUGUAAGUUCUCUAGGAAAUGCAAGCUUUUUUUAAUUGUUGGUAGCGUUGCAUAAAAUAGCUAGAGUAUAAAUUAAAUCACGCAUGCAAUGAAAGAGAAAUGAAGGAUUUCACUAAAGGCUGCAGGAAAUGUUACUUUCUCGUUGGAAAAUUGUUGGAAAAUCAUGAAAUUUGGGCAUAAAUAAAAAUUUACACACACACAUACAUACAUACAUACAUGUAUAUGCAAUGCAUGUGCUGCUACAUCUGAUAUCAGGAGGACCAACCGUCUCUUUCCUCUUAUUCUACGGUACGAUUUACAUCGCACAUAUAACGUAAAAAUUAUGCUUACAUUUGAGAAUAAAGACAGGAGUGAUUUUCAUUAGUCCAAUGAGCGAUCUAAUCAUCAAACCCAUAAAGUUGCGUGUGUAUUAUAACGAGCAUAAAGAAUCGAUCCAUGACAGUUAGUUGAAAUGAGAGAAAGACUGAAGGGCUACAUUGCUGUAUAACAAUUAUUGUUAGUUUACCAUUGGCGUUGUAAUUUUAAGUUUUUAGUAUUGAAGAUUAACAUUAAUAUGACGUAAAAAAAUAAUACAAAUUUACGAAAACUCAAAGUAUUUGAUACAUGGCAAAAAUAAGGCGAGUUAAUAAUAACGUUCAGAAAUAAGACUAGCAUCUGAUUUGUGUUUCUUCUUUGUAUCGUUACUAUUUAAUGACAGAGCAUACGUAUGACUUGUACAUUCACUGUCUUGCAAUACAAUUUUUUAGCUUUCACAGUCAGAAUGGCCCGUGUCUAUGCACUUUUACUACUCAAAGUGAUCGCAGCAUGAUAUAUAUUAAAUUGAAAUGACGAACGUCUGUACAAGAGGAGAUUUAACCUUGUUUAAAUUGCUAUAUCACGCUGCUCUUUAGCACAGAAAUUUUCAUGUUUACUUCACGCUGUUUACAAGUAAAUAAUAGAAACGAUAUAUAAACUUAACAAUUAACAGUUCAGUAUCUGUGUCAAUUUAGCGACAUGUAGUGGAUGUAUUAUAACAGCGCAAAGUUUUAUUCAGAAUUUUAUUCAAAAGUUGCCUGUAGCUGUGUACAAAAGGAAAUAAUUUUAUGUGUCUCGUUGUGUCGAAUACCUUGUGUUGACAAUGUAUGUUGUAAAAUUUGAUAUUGAUUUAGAAGCUUGCAAUGUGAAGGAUACGAGUGUUCGGUAAUUGAGUAGCAAUUUACCGCGUGGAAAUUGAAGGCGUGAAAAGGUAAUUUUAUGCUGUUGCGAAGAGAUAUUCAAUUCAUUCCUGAUCUCAAAGCAAAUGAAAAUUGAACUGUAUAUUCGUCAUAGCAGAAAUAUUCGUUUUUCUCUCGAUGUCGACUCAUCCAAUAGAUUUCUCACAUCCACAUUAUCUGCAUGGUAUUACUUCGAGCAGUUUAACAAUCGACGUCCCCCACAAAAAUAUUUGAAUAUUUUCUAUAUUAUUUUUCAUGUUCCUGUGGUAAAUAUUACAUUUCGGAUAAAUCGCUGUGAUUAUGCUAGGUUUAUAUAUAAGCUUAAUAUUUAAGAAGCAGCUUUGGGAUCAAUACACAACUGGGAAAUGCCACCAAAAAAAUCGUAUGUGUUGUAUAUAUAGAGAUUUUUCUCAAAAAUCAUGCACCAUUCAUUACACGUGUAACGUUCGAGACAAAUGAAAACGUAUUGAUUUAAUCGAAUAUCUCGUUAAUAUCAUUUUUUUGUUAUAUAAAAUACAUGUAACUAAUGUAAUUGUAAGAUAUAAGUCUAUUUAGUAUUACAUAAUCAUAAGUAGGCAAAAUAUAUAGGGUGUUAAGCAGACAUUAAUGUACAUAGCAUUAUAUUAUAUUUAUAGAAGCUUGUCGUCGUGGCAAGAUUUUAACUGUAUUUUAUUGAUUUUGACUUAAUAGUUUUUCUAAAAAGAUAAUAUUGAACAAUGAGAAUUUAAUUUCCUUCCAUUAUAUCGUUAGAUAACAUAUAAAACACCCUGUGUAUUUAUCAUUUUAGAUCAUGGUGCUUUGUAAUAUACGUAUUUAACACUACUAGGGAAUUAGAGAAUUUUAAUCACACGAUCGACCACCGAUUUACUGAGGGCCCCUGCACGCUUAUAAAAUAUUGAGCGUUACGUACAAAAAGGAAACUGGAUGUUAAAGUAGUAAAUAGCGCUCGAAAUUUUAAGGGAGUUAUUAAACAACGACGUAAUGUAUUUUGUACCUUAUUGAAACGUCGCAUAAAUUUCGUUUUUCUACUUAAAAAGCCGUUUACAAUUUUAUAUGUAUUUUAUAUUUACGAGGCCACGAAAUGUGUCACAUAAAUGUGUAUCGUCUAAUUUGCGAUGAUCAAUUAAUGGAUCCUGUUAUAUAGUUUGUUGUCAUUCGUAACUUAGGGGCCCCGUGUGUAGAUAUUAGCGAUAGGCGACAGAAUUAUUAAAAUAAAUUAUGUCAUCGAUGCCUUGCGUAGGUAGUUAAUGUCAAAUUAUAGAAUAAAUAUUCGUUGUCAAUUGUAGAACGGUAUAGGCAAAGCCAGCAGCAGUUAUUGUAAAGGUUGUUAUCAUGUACACUCAUUGUGUAUAUAUAUAUAUAUAUAUAUAACAGCUGCGUUCAACUGGCAUUCUCAAGAUAAUAAAAGGAAUAUUUAAAAAAGAA